AUGAGGAAAAGUGGCAUGCUGAGUAAACAGUAUAUACACAGGGGCUUAUUCCAGAGGGGAAUAUGGUUUUUUUCUUCCUAUCCUGAAGUGGAGCUGGAAACUCUGACAGUAAAUGUAACCAUCCAGGACUUUGUGGCCGACGUGGUGUCUGAGCUGGGUUUCCGCAAUACGCAGCAAGUCUCUAAGGAGACCAUGUUCAUCUUUCCUGUGGACUCUAACACUGUUGUACACACCUUCUAUGCCACCAUGGGGGACGCUCGUAUUGAAGCAAUGCUCUGGGAGAAGGAGGAGGCCCAGCAGCUGUGCAAAGCCACUUCAGGCAUGGAGAAUUUAAAAUACCUGCAGGAUCAGUGGGAUCUUUGGGGUCCUGUGUUCGCUUGUUUCUUGGGGACCCUGCCUCCUAACAGGGAGGUGACCAUCAACCUGUGCUAUGUCCAGGAGCUGCCACUGCAGCCUGAUGGAGCUGCCCAGUUUUGCUGGCCACAGGAGCUGUUCCCCCGGAGAGACUACAUCAACUGGAUCUUGUCUGGGGAGGAGGAGUUCGAAAACCUGCGCUUCAGCAUCUGUUUGAAGUCAGCCCAUGGUGUGUCCCAUAUAGCCAUGAACAGCAGAUACAGCCCUCUGCAAUACACGGCUCCAGAUCAGACAUCUGCUGAGGUCUCCUUGAAAUCAUUGCCCUGGCUGCAGGAUAACCUGAACUUGCUGGUGUAUUACAGAGGGCUUCACACUCUCAGUGCUGUGGUGGAGAGGAGAGAUGCCAAAGCCCCACCUGGCUCUCUGCUAGGAGACUCUGUGGUGAUGGUGACACUGAAACCCAACAUUCCUGAGGUAGUGCCCAAUCCAGGCCAACCUGGGGAAUUCCUCUUUCUUAUGGACCGCAGCCUCUUCCAGGAUGCACAGAACACACUGCUUUUCCUCCUCAAGAGUUUGCCUCUCGGCUGUUACUUCAACAUUUACAGUUUUGGGGCCACUUUCAAAGCCUUCUAUCUGCAGAGUGUGGAAUACACGCAGGAAAGCAUGGACAAUGCAGUGGGGCGCAUCUCCUCCAUCUGCCCUGAUCUGGGGGGCUGUGACCUGUUGGGCCUCCUAAGGUCUAUCUACAGCACUCCUCUCCUUCAUGGGUACCCCCGCCAGCUUUUCAUCUUCAUCCAAAGGGAGAUCUCCAGUGAAGAGGAAGCUAUCAUGGCUGAGGUCUACCGUUACCGGGACCACCACCGGUGUUUUUGUUUUCCUACUAUGAGAUGUGACAGCUUCAACCUUUUCCAGGCCAUGGCCCUGGAGACAAAAGGUGAAUGUGUGUGCGUCCACUCUAGGAUGGACAUGACAUCCGAGGCGGUGAAAUGUCUGCAGCGUGCUCUGCAGCCUAUGGCUAGUGGGAUCUCACUCCAUUGGGACCUUCCACCUGGCCUGGAGGUGUCAACAAUCAGAAAAGCUCCAGAGAUGAUUUUCCAGGGACACCAGAGCUCCAUCUAUGCCCAGAUCCAUGGGCAAGCACAGGAUGAAGAGAUAGAUGAGGGAGCCGUGACUCUUCAGUACCAUGUGGGCAACCAGCCCUUCAAUUACACACUCAGGUUCUCACUGUCUCCAUCACCAGACAACAGGCUGCCUCUGCACCGCAUGGCCAUGAUGCACCUGCUGUGGAAACUGGCCUGGGAGGGGACAAGCAGGGCAGAGAAGGACAUCUGGCACAGCGCAGUUAAGUCCAGCCUCAGCCUGGGGGUUCCAUCUCCCUUCACAUCCAUUGUGGCAACACGCAUGAACCAGAGGGAUGCCUGGCACUGCGAUUCUUUACUUCCAGACCCCUCUAUGUUGUUCUCUCCCUCUUGCAAUCUGAUUCCCUGCCAGCUGCUCUGGUUGCGUGGCUUCAGGCCUGUGUGGUUCAAGUCCACCAAAUUUUGGGUGGUCCAGAAGUGUCAGUUCGGCCUUGAGAUGCUCAGUCACAAAGCCCCUGACACUGAGGCACUCACGCAGCUUUCAGCAUCCUGUAAAG